UGGACGGUCGGAAAAUUAAACAUGUCUUCCUUCCUUUCUGAAUAACACCUUACAAGUGGUGGUGUGUCUUGUCUUUUUGUUGACGUUUUACUUUCAACAGCAAGCUGGAUGGUGACAUGUUUCAGCGUCAGAAGAACUGGAUUUCUGAUGUGCUGUGGAAACCCAAAAAGGCUCAUUCUCUUGAGCAGUUAAGGUACUGUGUUAUGGUAGAUCUGAGCAAGAUGUUGGGAAACGUUAUGAUGUACGCCUACUGUCUUGAAGUGUUUGCAAACAAUUCAAGCAGACACACGACCAGUUUGGUGUUUGUAUUAUUGAUCAGUAAUAAUGAUAGUUUAUUUCUUCCGUCAAGACAGUGAAUAAUAACGCAAUUGUUAAUUUAAUGUACACUGAAUUGUAAAUAAUUGCUGAUACUCAGUCAGCUAAUUAUUCAAACAUUCUGGGUUGUUAUAUAGAUAUCUCCAUUACGUUCUUACCAAGAAUUCUACCGUGAAUGAGACGAAUAGAGGAUUACUUGUGGAGACUUUGCGCUCAAUCGCGGAGAUCUUAAUAUGGGGAGACCAAAAUGACAGCAGAGUGUUUGAGUAGGUUCCUCUCAGCUUCAUACAUUUAAUGUAAUAAUAAUAUUAGCAGUUGAAUGCUUUCUAGUGAUUUUGAUAAACACAUUUGAUAGGAAAGGAAUACAUAUGUUGCAAAGCUGAGUACACAAUAUCUUGGAUGGUUUGGAGGGCAAUUUAAAACAACAUGGUGACUAUUCUAAAACAAACAUAUAUUCAUUAUAUGUAUCUAACACAACACCAUGUAGUACCUUUUGUGGUAUUAAAUGUGGUUUGAAUAUUUAAAGAAAAUGUGACAGUUGCUUCCUCUUGAGGUAGAAUCUUUAUGUUAAUAUUGAAGCAGAAGGAGAAAUUCUAAAAAAAAAAAAAAGGAAAUUUGAUCUUUGGACUCAAAUUAAUCACAAGAUAAGCAUUUUUGAUGAUAAACUAUUGCAAGUGUGCAUUGUAACUGUGUUGCAAAUUUUGUCACUUGAUAUACUGGCUUUGAAUUAUUAACAGAGAUGAUAAGUGUUUGAAUAUUGAUGAAAAGCUUCUGUAAAAUUUUGCCAGGAUACAAGUGUAAAAGCUGCAGUGCAAUGUAAUUUUGCCACUCACAAGGUUAUCAUGAUUUUGUCAAUAAAAUUACUGUAACCAUUCUGUAUUGUAAAUAUUGAUAAUGCAUAUACAAUGUUUGUCUGAAUGAAAAUAAGAGGAAAGUUUUGCUCAUGUACUGGGAUAUUCCUCAACACCUAAAAAAUUAAUAAAUAAAUUUCUCUAUAAAGUGUGGGAGACAAAUAACUUCAAAAUUUAAUUUGAACUGUGGACAAAAAUCAAGCAAUGAAAUGAUUCUUGUGGGUGGACAAUAAUUUAAUUCAUUACGGAAAAAAAAGCCUGGAAAGAUUCAGGCUUUGAACAGGAUUCCAACCUGUGCCUUCAAAAUACUAGUUUGGUGCUACUAUCACCUGAGCUGCUAAGCUGCAUGCAAAAUUUCAGAGAGUUAAAUAAUUUGAUUGCAUGCCUUUGUUAUUGAUCAUGCUUAUAAACUGAUAAGCUAGUGAUAGUACAUAACUAUGACGUUUGUUUGUGACUGAUUUUAGCUUCUUCCUGGAGAAGAGCAUGUUGCUAUAUUUCCUAAAGAUGAUGAGUCAGAAAUCCAAUCAGAUUUGUGUCCAGCUCCUGCAGACUCUCAGUAUCUUGUUUGAAAACAUCAGAAACGAGACAUCUUUAUGUGAGUAGACAUAAUUUUAUUGCUUUUCUUAUUCUAUUGAUGAGAUACUGGUAUAUGCAUUUUUUACCAAGACCAAGUGCAAGGUCAAGAAGGCUGGAUAUUGGCCGAGUCCUUUUUUUACAUUUUUGCAGACUGAGACAAAGUUAAGGUCCCCUAGAAUGCAAAAAAGGAAUGAGGCUAAUAUCCAGCCAUUGUGACUGAACAAGCUUGGUCAAUAAAGGAUUUAUUACAUAGGAAGCAGAUUUAGCUUCAAUAAGAAUCAAGAAUGACUCAUUUAUUUUCACGCACUAGGAAAGAAAGCUAACUGUGAUAGCGCCUCUUGUUUUUCAUUCGACAAGUUGGAAAAUAAACUGAUUUGAUUUUUUUCCAUUUUAAGAAAUUUCCUCAAAAGCAAUAAUACAGUUCUCACUUUUGAAUUUGGAUAAGUUUUAAAAGAUGCUCAAGCCUUAUGUUGUGCUUUUUGAAUCAGAGAAAUAUUGACUGACCUUUGCAGUUCAAUGUGUUAUUCCAUUUCCAAUAAUGUAUGUAAUGUUGGCAGGUGAAAUAAAUUACAUGUACCUGUUGGUGUAUAUAUCAGAGGCACUUCUCUUUUUUUUAACAGAUUAUUUGUUAUCAAAUAACCAUGUCAACUCCAUUAUAAUUCACAAGUUUGAUUUUUCUGAUGAAGAGGUAAGACCCUCAGAAGCAAAUAUUCAGUGCUUGAGAUGGUUCUAUUAAUUUCUUUGGCUUAACUGUUUUGCAUGUACACUGUAUAUGUAGUUUCCAUUCUAGCAGUCUUUUGGGCUGGUCUAAAAAAUAAUACUCUCCAAAUAAAAAGUCCAAAUGACAGAUGCCAAAGAGACUUAAUUAUAAUGCACUUGUUAAUUUAAUAGAAAUAAAAUGUCCUAUUUCAGGGCUUUUAUUUAGAGCUGGCCAUCAGCUAAGAAUAUGACUGCAAUGAUCUGUGAGCUGCUCGCUUUUGAUCAUGGGCCUUCCCACAUUCUGUGUUCUCCCCUACUUCAAGCACGACAGGUUAAAGACAUUUCAAGCUGACAGAGCAAUCCUUUUUUACCUUUCAAAUUUUGAAGAAUUCCAACCAAUUUUUAGACUGUAAUCAGUUACUAAAAGUGGUAAAUUUUACCAGCUACCAUGUGAAAAUAAGAACUCUGUACAUUACUAAGAACAUUGCACUGAUAACAACUUUUCAGCUUAACUGGCAACAGACUAGUAUUUCCUCUUAGACUGGGUAAAAUUUUCAUAUGCAGCUCUGUUCUUAGUUUCUUUGUAUGGGAAGAUGGAAGUCCCAGCUAUAUGCAAAAUAAUCCCAUCUUCUUAUCCUUUUUUGUCAGGUAUUAGCAUAUUAUAUUUCAUUUCUGAAGACAUUAUCACUCAAGCUUAAUGGGCAUACAGUUCACUUCUUUUUUAACGAGGUAAGUGAUCAUUUGAAUCUUUUUAAUUCCCAAACCUGAAACAAGUGUAAUAAAUUAAUUUUUAAUAGCAAAAGUAUUAUAUUUUCUUUGAAAGAUAGGCCAACAAAGCAAAUUGACUGCUCCAUUGCUCCAAAUGUAUUACCAUUAUUUCUAAAAAUAAAGAAAUGAAUGGAAAAAAAGUUCAAAUUAAUUUUUUUUUACAAUGUUUAACAAUUUUGAGCUUGAAAUAUUAUUCACAGUCACAGAUGACCCUACCUGCAAAGUUAUUAGCAUGGACCAUUUUAAUAGACUGUAAAUGUGUCUUCAUAAAUGUAAAAUAUACUUUUGUCUUGUUGUUUAGCACAAGAAUGAUUUUCCUUUAUACACUGAAGCUAUCAAGUUCUUCAACCAUUCUGAAAGCAUGGUUAGGAUAGCUGUUAGGACUCUUACACUCAAUGUUUACAGAGGUGAACAAGUCUACUGCUUUUUUUGAUGAAUGAGGAAGUUAAUGAUUUUAAGGGAGUUAUUAAUUAAAUAUUUAUAUUUCCAAUUGUGUGCAUGUGCAAAUGGCAAAUUGAAAAUAAGGAUGUAAGAUCAAAUAAAGUGGAGGAAGCAGUACUCAUGGAUGGGUUCUUGGUCUGCUAACUGAACUGAGUGUCAGGGAACCCAGAGGAAAGCCUCUGGUGCUUGAAUGAGAACAGGCUAUGACUCAAUGUCUUUGUGACCCUAGUGCUGGAGACUGAAUUCAGACUGAAGUGUUGAUGCUCAUGCUUUAUUCAAAUGUAAUGGUUCAGUUUUAGCUUUAGUCUAAUUUUUAUCUCUUCUAUUUCAAAUUUAUUUCCAUAAAACUUAAGUGAUGAAUGAAAUAGAGAGUUAAAUACAGAUAUCACAACUGACAUUUAAGAGAAGUUGGUAGCCUAGUGUAUUUGUGUCUGAGGUAGCAGCAUUUGAAGUAUAAUUUUUAAAAUUGGUUUAUUUUGAUCUGCUGCAUUUUAUUGCAGUUGGAGAUAAGAACAUGCUUGGUUUCAUCCGAGACAAAACAGCAGAUCCAUAUUUUUGGAACCUGGUGUGGUUUAUUGGUAAUCAUGCUAUUGAACUUGACAACUGUGUUCGCAAAGAGUCUCAGUAAGUUAUCUUUUUAAAGCUGUUGAACUAAUCACUGGUAAUCUGUAUUACUAAAAUAUCUCCAUGAAGUGUAGCCUUGGUAGAUGUUGAACGUGUUACCAGUAAGUUGUACUACUAUACAGGAUGUUCAAUACACAUUUUUUUUGUCAAGAUCGGAGAUGACUGAUAACAUAGUACAUGGUUACAUUGUAGUAAAUGAAUGUUGUUGUAGUCCUGACAUUCUCAGAAAAGUAGGUAAAUUUGAGGCACUGGGUGAUCAUGGGCAUGUCGUAAAUGAUCUUGCAACAAACAAUCACACCGGUUUGAUGUAUACUUUUUUAUUCUCCUACACACAUGUAACUCUGAUCUCACAAUCAAUCAACCCUAAUCACCUAUCAUAUUUCUGUACUUCCAUAAUGAACCUAUCAACAAAUUCAGUGUAAUGCUUUGGUCAUGAUGAGCAAUCAAAAAAUCUUUGGAGGCUGUAGGGUCACAUGACAGUGUAUAACAUGCAUCACAAAAGGUUCUCAUCUCAAAAUUCAAUUGAAUCACACAUUAUUAUGUCAAAUUCAAAAUACUAAUAUGUUGAAAUCCAGUCUAAUGAAAAUAUAUUGAGCAUACACUAAACAACUUUACUUACCAUCAAUUUUAGUCAUAUUGUGAACAGAUGUAAGUAGCCUUUGAGUAACAAAAAUUGUAGUGUGAAUAAUAUUUGAUUUCUACAUUUUUAGCCACUUAAAAUGCGACAGACUGAAGGACUUGGUUGCAGAGCAUCUGGAUCAUCUUCAUUACCUUCAUGACAUACUGUCACUCAACAUCCAAGAUGUGAAUAUUGUGCUAACUGGGCAUUUUAUCAACCGUUUAUUGAUUCCACUGUACAUUUAUUCUCUGGUGCGUAAAAGACCUGAUUUGGAGCAGGUAUGUUCAGAACGAGUAGCACUAAAGAAGUACUGAAUAAUUAUUUAAUAUUUCCAGCUUUAUGAUUUAUAGAGUUUUAUAUUUCUUUUAUUUCUGAAUUGAAUGCGGAUUACAUCCCCUUUGAGAACAAUUUCGAUGUUCUAACUUGUUCAUUUCAGAUGUUAGGUCAAUGUAGCUUUAACCCUUUACACCCAAAUAUCAGUUUGCAAGUUCUCCAUACUGUUUUCUAUGCAUUUCUUACUUACAAGGAGAAUUUGUUUAACAAUCAAGAGUUUCUUGAGUUUGCAAUCAAUUCCUUUAUUGAUGUGAUCUUAGUGUUUCAUUCAGGGGGGAUACUGUUGGGAGAAGUUAGAUGCUUUUCACUUUUAGUGAUAAAAAGGCAAAAAAAUUUGAUGAUCUUCCACUGGUGAAGUUAGUUCAUUGGAGGCUGGAAAAUUAAUUUCAUAUUCUUGUUUAUAGGAUACACCUCGCCUUGGUGUGAUGGUAGCCUUUUUCCUUCUUUCUCAAGUAAGUAGCAAACAUGUUCAUUGUAAUAUUGUACACUAGUACUUAUUUUAUAAUCAAAACUGAUAACUUUUUAUGCACUGAUUUCUUGUUCCUUUACUAGAUACUUCUCAUAAUGUCUCACCCUCCACUAGUCUCUAGUCUGGUAGAUGUGCUUGUUAAUGGUGAUGAAGUUGCCUCAGGGUGCACCCCUGAAGAUUCUCCUCUACCUCUUAAAAAGGUGAUGUCUGAUAUGUGAUAGUUAUUUGUGACACACACAAAAACUCUCAAUGUACGUUGCCUAUAUUCAUGUUUGUUGGUAUCUUUUCAUUUAAUUUUUGGCAGACUGACUUUUCAAAUGGAAAACCUGGUUUCAUAAUUUUUUGUUUCUUCAUGGUUUGUUCAUGCACGAUGGAGAACACAAGAAACCCCUAGGUGGCAGUUUCUCUUCAAAAACCAUACAGAAACAAACCCUUCACUCCUGAAAUCUCAGUAGUAAAAAUUCCUCUGUUCAGGGAAUUUGGUAUUGGAUCAACUAAUAAUUCUUUAGACUAACUAAUAGUUUUCUUUCCUCUUAUCACAUGUCUACUUCAUAUUGUAUUGAUAUUUUAAGGAGAAAUUCUGUCGAUUUUCUUGUUUCAAAUUUAGUUUUUUUUACAUGUGAUUUCUUAAAAGUGACGCUUUAUAUAUCAGCUAAGAAAAUUACAGGAGGGGACAAUGUCUUGCAUCUCAAGUUUAGUUGGUCUGGGAAAAGAAUCAGCUUGAUUCUGCAAAAAAUUGAACACAAGCUCAAAAGGCUGUAUUCACCAUUUUUGCUUGAAGGUGUUCAAUUACUGAAACUAAUUACUAAUCCCCUUUUAUAGGCUUGUUCUCUGAGUAAUUCAGCGGCAAGUGUACGAACCUUCCAGAGGCCUGAAGAAACACUGGAAGAGUCUCUAGUAGCUCUUGGAGUGAACACAGAAGGUUAUUCUUUCCUUGGGAAGACAUCAUCUUUGGGUCCUUUGUCCAGAGGAAAAUCCUUGCAUGUGGCAAACUCAAAGUUUUAUGUAAAGGGUAUGUAUUUGACUUAAACCAAAGUGUCAUUCUUUACAAUUUACAGCCAUGCUAUAAUCUCAUCACUCCUAGAGCUUGCCCUACUUUCUUUAGCACAAAACCUCUCAGAGCACUACCACCAUACUUCUUACAACUGGGAAUUGAUCAGCUUUCUCUUACAGUUUGCUAGUAAUACUCCUGGUUAGAGAGAAGAACCUAAUAAUCUUAAAGCUUUGUUUUAAGUAUUUUAGGUUAAUGAUAAAAGUGUCAAAACUUAAUUGCAUGUGAAAAGUGUGCUUUGCCAGCACUUAUGACCCAGAAUAAUAAUAAUGCAGUAAUUAUAACAAUACCAGCAUUUGUCAAAUGAAGAUUUGAUGUGUGAUACAAGUUGAUGUUGUUUAAACAAUUAACUGCAUAAUUGCUCACAUUAUCAUCAAUCUAACAUAUGUUAAUCGCUGAUAAUAAUAAGUCUGUUUCUUUAACACUAAUUAGUUUAGCAUGCAUAAUAUUUCUAUUUAUCCCAAUUGCCUAGAAAAUCUCUCUUUUUAAAUAGUAAAACCUCCAUUUCUUGUAAGUGCUAUCUAACAAUUAUUGCUCUACAACAUCUAGGGGGCUUUUUUGUCUCUGGUGUAAGAAGACAUCAAUGGAUUUCUGAAAUUGCAGUUUAAGAAAAUUUCCCUUCCUCUCUAAAAGGCUCUCUCCCCUCUCCUUAUGAAGAUACUAAACUGUACAAAUUGGCAAGGAAGUUGUGUAAUGAAUGCUUAAGUUAAGAGAUGAGUAACACUACUUGGUACUGCAAGAAGAAGCCCUGUGUUGUCAACUUCACUAUCAAUGAAUACAUUAAUCUGGAAUUUUCCUCUUAUAUCAGACAACAAUCGAAAGCAAGGUGAUGAAAUAGCACUCAUUUCUAGCAGGGAGAGAAUAAAUGCUGAAAAGAUAAAUGCUUCUAGAAAAGAUGGUAGGUAUAAGGACAAACAGGGUUACAAUAAAUAUGUUUAAUGCUCCAGUCUGUGAAACAGAAGUGACCUCAAAAAUACCACACUUAACCCUCUUUGAAUGAAGUUAAGCUUGCAUGCCAGGACAAACCAGGUGCCUUAUGCUGUAACUCGUUUCUUCAACAAACUGCUUUGCAUGUUUAGCGUCCAGUGCACAUCCAGACUUAUUUUAUGGGUGUGAUCAUUGGGCCAAUUCUAACCUGUAUGAAUUUGUCAAACAUUUUGCACUGAAAAAGUGCUGUUGCAGAGCAAAGGUUUCCAAAAAAUUAUUGUGAUAUCUGAAUGUCAUGUGGCAUGGCCUUUAUAGAUUUUGAAAUAACCAGGAAUAUUGUUCUUGAUAGUUAAUUUAAAACUUCUAAAAAGUGAAAUUAAAAUUUUCUCUACAUAAAGCUACAUUGUGGCUCUUUCUGAUAAAUACCAUAUUUCAUUGAAUUAAGGCUAGGAGUACUUGUAUAGCCAUGGUGGUUUAUUAUUAUUUGAGGAGGAUAAUGAUGGGGGAAUACUAUGUUUGAGACACAUAAUGUGUAGCCAGACAUUAGUAGUAAUAUAAUUUUAUCACUUGGGAUUUACUUCUCUCAGCAGUUAACUCCCCUCCCUUCCCCCCCCCCCCCCCCCCCCUGAAAAAAAACCCAAAAGUCUUAAUUGAUUCCUAAUUAAAUACUUCAUCUAUUAUUUUGUCUUAACUAACAUUUGUUUUCAUUCUGAAGAUCUGGUGUCACUGUUGAUUAACAAAAUUAGUUCUUUUAUUUAGACGUUCUUAAUAGCAGUUCUCCUUACUGUCAGCCACCCAUUUGCUAUAAUCUCACCUGUAAGAAUGUAGUGUUGAUAAAAAUGAUUUCUCUUUAUUGAUAACAUUUACUCUGUUCAACACCUUUCUGCUGGAAAAUGUAUCUAAAUUUUAAGGAGAAAUUUAUUUAUUCUGUGAUUUACUUAUUCUGUUCAACAACCUUCUGUUGUAAAAUGUAUCUAAACGUUAAGGAGAAGUUUGUUAUUUGGAGUAAGGCAAAGAAGGAUAUACAAAAUAAGAGGAUAAAUGAAGAAAGAGCAAGGGUGGUUUGUCAUGUAAAAGAGUGACACGCAUUUCAAACGAUCCACUUAAAAUUGAGGCCAAGUUUUUCAACAGGCAUAUGUAUCUCCCAGACGAAUUGUAAUCAGUUUUGUUUCUAUUUCAGCUGAUUUAAGUCCAGUCCAAGUUCCUCUUCUUCAGACUCCACUCGGAAAGGGGACUGAUAGCGAGUCUGACACAGAUUCAUCAUCUGGUUUCUCCACUCCUGUUGCUACUUCAGGAGAGAGCACCAAAGAAGAAACUACCACAGAGAAACGUCCUGAACACGGUAAUUUUCCAGCAUAAGAGUGAUUUCUUUUUUCAGAACAAAGUUAAAUGGUACAAUAGACCGUUGAGAACUCAAAAUUUAUGCAUAGAAGGGAGCUCAAAGGCAGAAAAAAUAGAGUGACCAAGUCAAUGGUCCAUUUUACAGUUGCAUGCUUGGUUGCCGAGCCUGUUAACAGGAGUGAGGCUAAGGGUGACCUUGUUAUGAUACAAACCUUGCUGCCUUUCAAAUGUUAUUGUGCUCAAUAGAUACUGGUCUCCAUCACAACAAGGUUACCUCCAGCCUCACUCCAAAUCAAAGGCUUGGCAACUAAGUACACAACUGUAAAAUAGCCCAUUGAAAAUCGCCUUAUUUGGCAAGGAAGAACUGAUUUACAGUUCACAUUGAUAAUUCCUGUUUUCCCCAUUUUUAGUUUUGAAUACAGUGGCUGCAACAGAUCAUUCACACGGAGUACAGGUACGGUGUGAGAACGACAUUAUAAUGUCAGUGGUCUUAUUAGCCAGAGAAGCCGCACAAAGUUUAACUUCUGAAAAAGGACUCUAACUGUGUAACUUUUGGCAUCUCAUUUUCAGUGUGAUUGAAUGAAACCUCACAUUUUCUAUGCUAUUGUCUUUGUCCCGUUUCAGAGUGUCAUUCAAAGACCCAAGGAAUUCCAGCCUGACAGGUACAAAACCUCUUGUGUUCAACUUCCCUGUGUUUUAGUAGAAGUAAUAGCAUGAUUUCGAGAGCGAUUUGGUGUUAAUAAGCACGUGUAAAUUUUGCAAAGACAACAAAAUUGUACGAGCCCGUAGGGAGAGUGCAAUUUGUAGUCUUUGAAAAAUGUACAAGCGGUCAUUUACACCAAACUGCACGAAAAAUCAUGUUAUUACUUAUGUAUAAUCCACAUGAAAAAAGCAUCACAGAAAGUCAUGCCAAACGAAAUUUUGACAGCUCGCGCGCGCUAGUUGUAAUUUGCACUUGUGUUACAUGAAAACUGCACACGUUUUCAGCCAACGAGAAACGCGAAAAUUUUUCAUGUAAAUUAUUUCAAUGAAUAUUGUCGAGUUGUGAAAUGCAUUACACUCGAGACCAGCCGGAAGACCCCUAUAAGUCCUUUUUUACAUGACCUACCUACUCAAUAAGGUAAGUACCCAUGACCAACUGUCUCGAUCAAUCUCGCCUCAACUGAAUUCAACCACGCAAAAUUUCCAACAUUACUAGACUGGUUCUAGGCAUUAGGAAAUGUGUCAGAAUUUUGUUCUGAACACCUGUUGUGGUGAUAUUAGCUAUCGGGGUUGCAGCGUUUACGCUGCGUAUAAAAGGGUUGUUGGAGAGUUGAUUUUUAUUUCCGAUGUUUAGGAUGUUUCUUGAAGCAAUCGAAGAAAGUUUAGACUGCAGUGAUAACGACGAGGAAGCACUGUUUGCAAUUUGUUUGCUGUAUGCAGCUAUUGGUAAUAAGGGUGAGUUAUCUUUUUUCCCUAACCCUUCAAGAAUCUGUUCCCUGCGCAUGGCGUGUCAACGAAACAACGACAAAAAAAUUCCCCCACCCCCUCCCUCCGUUAACACACCUGUAUCCCGAUUAGUCGAUAGAAGGAAAAAGGAGUCUUCGCAGAGAGAGAACAGAUAUAAGGGAACAAAUCAUUCUGAGUUUUACUAAUGCUUAUAGUUGUUUUAUUUAGCUAAAUUUUUACAAUCGUGUAGCAGACUUGUUCUAACGUCGUCUUCGUUUCUUCAGGUGUGGAUAACAACUUACUUGAAUCAGCAGGACUCUCCACAGCUGAGGUUUGUGGUGUUAUAAUCAGUUGUAUCGUUUUGUGGAUUCGUUGGCAUAAUAAUAGUCCCUUUUGACAACCUGAGUGGAAGCCAACCUCAGAAGUGAAAAUGAUAGAGCGCUUCUCGAUUUAGGGUCGUAAGACCAAAAGCAGAGUAGUCACGGUGGCCAAUCAAAUGAAAGGAAUAUACAAUGAGGAGCCAAUGAGAACGCUUGAUAAAAACUGCUAGAAGCGCGGGAAAAUCAAGAUUGACUUAGGUCUUAUGUCUGAUUAGUCGAGAGCGUGGUGUGAUUUUUCUUGACCAAUCACAGAGCGAAGUAAAGUGAAGCCGAAGCCAAGGCAAUUUCGGAUUACUUUUGUCACUCAGUUUUGGUCAAUUUGUUGUACUGAUUCAACCCGAGACUGCGCUUGAGUAUUUUUUUUUUCAAUCCUACAAUCAUAUUCCCACAUUCUUUAUGGGAAUGAUUCGCCACCACAGUUUUGUAGCGUAUAGUAAGUGGAUUUUUCUGUUUUUGUUUUUCUUAGAGCAAAGUUCCUUACAACGAGCAACUUGUAGAAAGCCUCAUUAGAAUGUUGGAACUCGGCUAUCGAAAUGGUGAGUCAGAGCUUUCAAUUUUUUGCACGAGCGUAUUAAAUAAACUUUUAGAAGUUCUAAUCUAUUUCCGUAUUUGGUACUCUGUUUCUGUUGAGUUCUUCACUCUUCCGUCUUAAACAGUGAUUAUGAUGUUUUUGUUGGUUUUUUGCCUGGUUUUCAAUGUUGAAGGUAUUAGAAUUGUUCUUUUUUUUUUUUAAUCUAUCGUCUCAGUAAUACUAAGGUAAACUUGAAAAUUACUUUUCGAUGAAAGAAUCAAGGGCAUAAAAUCUCACUGAUUAUCGGUUUGUACUUGAAUGUAUUUAUUUUGUAGGGAGUCAAGUACGCGUAGUAACAUUAGAGAUCGCCAUUAUACUGCUGAAGGAGCUGAUUAUGUAUACAGUAGAUGGGUCAAAGUGGAGCUACCUUAGCGAUAGACACUUGGCUCUGAUCGAGGUAAAAACCUCUGACGACACAUGUCAGACGAAUAAGAAUGAUUUCUUUAAACGGGUUUACACCGUAGUUAGAUUUUUGUCUUCUCUUGAAGCCACAUAGGAGUUUCUUGAAAAGUUCUUGAAAAGUGAUCCAACCACUUGAACCAACCACUCUAUGCCAGACGUUGGAGGCUUUUUUCCCCACACUAAGUAUUCGUUACAUGCUGUCCGCGCUGGCCGCCAGUUGCAUGUUCCCCGCAUCAAACAUCAGUUGAAAUCCGCGCUGAACUCUGAUGUUUUCCUGCCUCAAGCCCCAGUUGCAUAUUUUCUUUUCAAAGCAGCAAUUUUACUUAUGUUUCGCGCGCUAAGCACUAAUUGAAUACUUACCACCUGGUUUUUUCUCGAUUAAGUCUGUCGGAAUUCAAAUACUGAAUUUCUCAUCGGGUUAAUUCCGAGUGCUUUGAAUAUUUAGACUGGCUGGAGUCUUUCAAUUCUCUUAGACCCAGAUUUGUGGGUUUACACGGAAAAAAAUGCCACCUUAGUGAAACAAAUAUCUCAGAAUAAUACCUAGACAGGGAAGAAUCAAUCUUCUUUUAUUUACUUUUCAGAAUGUUCGCGAGGCCAGUACGUUACAGUUGCGGCACUAUUAUAAGGUACAACAUCACAUGGCAGUUAUGGUCUUCGAUGUUUGUGAAGGCCUUUUGAAAUAAGACUUAACCUUACUUUGCUGUUCAACUGUUAUUUUGUGCACUUUCUCGGUAAUAAAGCAGUUUUCAAUCGUGUCUGUAGUUAUCAGGGAUGAGUUGGUGUAGCUUUACUACGCUCUGUGAUUGGUCCAGAAAACUUGCGCCACUCUCUCAAACAAUUAGAUGUAAAACUAAAACCAGUCACGACUUGGUCACCCGCGUUUUUCCCGCGCUUUAGGCUGUUUGCUAAUUUUUACUUUGAGUUCAUUGAGAUAACUUUGGUUUUGGAUUUACGAUACUCCAUCGCCGAGAAACAUUCUUUUCCCAAGCUUAACACUUCUGAUUUAUCUUAUAGGAAGAUGAAAUUUUCUUGGACAUGUUUGAGGACGAGUACCGGCAAACAAAGGUGUGGCUUCGAAGUUGAUAGCUAACUUGUAAUUUUGUUAUCUGAAAAUUACAGUAUUAUUUUGGCCAGAGGACUGGGUAAUGGUAAGAAUUGCAAAGGUGGGAAUAAUUUGAUCCAAUCCCGGGUAAUUCAGUGGAAGUUGUCGUCCUCUGCCUUCUCAUUUUGGUUUCGUUGCCUCUUUUUAGAGAAGCGCUUUACCAGGUGGAGAGAUUUGAAACUCACAUUCACAAAUCCCUCGGUUUGUUACGCAGAUUUUCUCUAAAUUCAUCCCUGAAAAUGUUGGGAUAGUGAGUAAGCUUGGGACCGUCUAUAAAGCAGUAGUCCCUGGUUGUUUGUAGCAAGUCUACUCGACAUGACAUACAAUCGUGGGAGCCAUGAAUAAGUUCAAUUACCUUCCUCAACUAGGUAAAGCCUCCCAACGUGCAACACUUGAUGAUGGAUGCUACGCUACUCCUUCCUAUUACGGGAACACCGCUGACCGGAAUUGAGUUUUACAAGCGCCUGCCGUGUGGAGAAGUGGAACACACUCGGAGGGUGAGUUCUUUUUAUCUUGAACUGUUUUCGGUGACGUUAGUGCCUCCUGCCUCAUGUGAACUGUUGACCCUCAGUUUGACCCCUAAGAGUGACUAGCAUCUAUAUUCUCCUUACAAUAUCUCCCCAGAAACAGACAUAAAGGUCACGAGAGUAAAGGAAAUGAUCACUAAAGAUGUUCCAGAUUGUUACACAAAUUCUCCUUGUCAGCCUUAUAAGAAAUGUAAAGAGAAAAGUAUUGAGAAUAUGCAUACUGAUGUUAUGGUGUAAAGGGUGAAAACUGUGGGGAGUGAGGAGGGGUUUGUCACCGAAUUCAUGGGGAAAACUUUUCGUGACAAUGGAAAGGAGUGGUUUGUGUCGCUGAAAUUCAUUAGAAGUUGUUAUUGUGUUUUGUUCUUACGCGAAGCAUUAAUUUAUUCAAAGAAGUCAUAUCCUCCUAUGCCUGAUGUUUUUCAAGUUUAAAAGCAGCUUCAAUAUUUUUGCAGGCAAUUCGUGUGUUUCUGCUCAUGAGAGACCUUUGCUUAGCAUUGCUGGGGAAGAAAGAAGAGCAACUACCUCUAUCAAAAGUUGAAAACUCUGUCCAUUUGGAAGACGUCCUGGAUUUAAGUGAGUCACACUGAAAUAGGGUUAUAUGAUUGUCACUUUGUUAUGCGCCGAUCAAAACUGCAAAAAAGUUGUGGGAAGCAUCUAAAUGUUCUUCUUUUCGAUCUUUAGAUAACAGUGACCUGAUCGCUUGUACAGUGAAGACAGAAGACAAGUAAGUUACAUGCUUAAGCUUUAGAACUAGGAGAAUGCCCUAAAUCGAGAUUUCGCGCAAGACAUAGUGGCCUAAUGAUCUGUGCGCGCGUGUACUUGACUCUGGAUCAAAGGAUCGUGGCCACUUCUUUGUAUUCUAUUGUUGGAAAAACACGAGACACUCGCGUUACUUCUUUACCCCAAAAGCCCGAUCAUAGUAAUAUGAUUUUUGUUUCAAUGUUUUGCAGGCAGCAGCAGCGCCGUUUCCUUGUGAUAGACGAGGCUCAGUUUAUACUGGUUGAACCAGACACCACCAAGUUAGGGUGGGGUGUGGUCAAGUUUGUCGCUAGACUUCAGGUAGGGGAGUUUGUUUGUUUUGUAUCCUUUCUCUAUCUUUUAUCAAUGACUGUCUUAGUGCGCAUCUCCAAUUUAGGGACUGCUGGGUGGUUUUGAGCUUCAUUGAUUUGUAUUGAGAAAUAUAUCCCUCUUGCACCUUUCCUUUACGAUAUUCUGGAUACUCUGUGGGCAGAUUUGGGAGCGAAUGAAAGUGUAAAUAAAAUCCAGCAGUUCAAAACCCCAGUAGCCCUUAGAGAUGGUGUUGCUUUGUGACUGUCCCUGCACGGCAAGGCACCCAUAAAGCAGAACAACGAGCUUUCUUUCGUUUAUACUUUCGUCAUAGUAACACGGUUUUUAUUUUGGGUUUUAGGAUGUAGAGACAGCUCCCGAUAAGGAAGACAGUCGCUCUUUAUUCAUCACCAUACACCAGCCCAGCUCUGCCCGCAGCCUUACCAAGGUCCGCUCUCGUCCCAUCUUGUCUGCCAAAUUCAUCUUUGAUGAUUAUAUCCGUUGCAUGUCGGCUAAGCAGCGCCUCCAGAGGCGGCGAACGAUGCUUAGACAACAUAAACUGCACUGCAUAGCUCAGCUGUUAGAACUGCCAGCUAUGGCCUCUCCCCCGUCACACUAUUAUUCCAUUACACCUCCGGCUUAUGUUAAUUUAGGCCCAGGACAACUCGAAUCUCCGACAGAUUCUCAAACAAACGAGUCCGCGAAUGAGGGUGAUGACGGACCCGAGCAACCUCAAACGCAUGCGCAGUCGAUAGGUGAUAUGUCACAGGAUGGCGCUCAUGCUUUUCCUGCAGCCAUGCCUACGCCCGAACAGUGUUUGUCACCAGUCCACGGCACAGGACGACGAACAACUUCUCAGGCUGAGGCGUUAGCGAGCGUACUCGAACAGUCACCUCCGCCCAACAAAACGACUGUAGCUCGGACCAUUUCGGUGGAAGAGGCAGCAGAAGCCAUAGAAAUGGAACUUACCAACUCGGUGCUUCAAUCUGUUCAAGAAAAUUGCUCUACCGGCAAUUCCUCGCCUGUAGGAAACCUGUCACGCUCACAGUCUGCAGAAAAUCUACGGCUUUUAACUGCCUGGAGAAAUCCAGUAUCACUAUCGGCCCCUGCCACCCCCCGUGGGGAUAGGCGCUCUCAACCAAUCACGCUGGAGGAAGAGGAUACCUUAGCAAAGGUAAAUACUCAGAAUUCAAUGUCUGAGCCCGCAAUAUUUUUCAGUGGUCAGUAUGACUCACCGGCGGCAACCGUCCAUAAGCCGGUCGAAAGAAAACUGAAAAGGACUGGGAACAGAAGAAGUGCACAAAAGGGAAAAGGAAGACAACGAAAAAGAUGAAUACUUUUUGACUUGCUUGAAAAAUGAUUCAUAAUGAAUUAUCUGUAGUAAUGAUUAAAUGAAAGUAACUGCUUACGAACAGUAAAAGGACCUGAAAUUAGGUAAUGACACUGAUAUUUAAGACUUAAUGCAAAGGAUGAAAAUACUCCUUAUUGGAAAACUGAGACGAGAUGAAAUUGGCUCAUAUUUAAAAGAGUUAGAAUAGAUUUUAUGAAAUGUGAAAUUAUUCUUUUAUCAGGAAGAUGGCAUUACUUGCUUUGAUUUUACAAAAACUCUAAGUUAGUAGAUAAUAAUUGUUUAAUGAAGUAACGUUAUAUUGGAGGGCUUUGUCACUACAGAUCAGUCAACCUGUCCUAAAACUCGACUCUCCUAAAUGACCGAU